CAUUGGCAGAUGAUCACAGCAACCAUGAAGUUGAGGAGACUGACAGCAGAGGGAAAACACAGUGAUUGGAAGACAGAAUAUACUUACACCAGUGAUACUAUAAUAAUAGAAUAAAUAAUUAUUACCUAUCGUGGCUACAAUAUUUCAAUAAAUACCACAUAAUGGCGACGAGAAUCAAACUCACGUGUGCGGGACGCUGGAGUAAGUAUUAUUUUGACGGAUUUGGCCUAAAAACAUCUCGCCUCGAAAGAGGGGGAUGCCUGACGGUUGAUGAAAAUUUGACCGGUGCGGGCAAGAAUAUCUCGCCUCGAAAGAGGGAGAUGCCUUUGCGGUGGAUGAAAAUCCGACCGGUGCGGGCAAGAAUAUCUCGCCUCGAAAGAGGGAGAUGCCUUUACGGCGGAUGAAAAUCCGACGGUGCGGGCAAGAAAGCGGUCGGACGACAUGAGCGGGGGCAAUCUGGACACCCUCUCGGUGGAUUCCUCCUCCAGACCAUCCAAGAUCGGAGGCAUGGCGUUCACGCUGGACGACAUCCAAGAUGUGGUACCCAACGAACCCAUCGCCGAGGAGGACGCCAACAAGGAGAACGAAGAGUUCGGUGGAGGCGGCGGCGACGACGACUUCGAGAGGAUUCGACGUGAACGAGGACGAAGGCCGGAUUUGUUGCCGGUGCCACUCGGAGGAAAAUGAGGAUUCCCACGAGAAGAAGCCCAUCUCCAAACUGCAUCGAAGAGACAUUUCACAUCAUCUAACAAAACUAACUGACGAUGCUGCCGUCAAGAACAGCAGUCGGAUGCUGAGUUCGCUGAAGCUGAAAGUGUCGCUUCCGCCACCGCCGAAGCUCAAGGAACAUCCGGCCUUGGAAGCGGCCAGUCAACCCAGAUAACCACACAUCGUAUAGCAAUGCAAGUAUCAAAUCGUACAAAAGUCUAUCUCAAAUCAGCAUCGUAUAUAAGUAUGAAUGAUUUUGAAACGAAGUGUAACCAGAGUCUUAUAUAUGUGAUGAAUUACGAUAAAAUUUUACUCUACGAACGAAAUCGUACUGGUGUUCAUUCGAAAUUAUUAUUUGCAGUAUGAUAGAUGUAUAUUAUGACACGUCAUGUGCAUGUGAAAUCAAACCGGCCUGAAGAUCGAUUGACAGUUUGUAUGAAGAUGAUAUGCAUAUUUUAUAUCCUAAUAGUGUAACAAAUCUAUCGUAAUGAAGUUGUGACUUCAUUCGUUUGUCAUUAGCGUACUGUUUGUUUAUGUUAUUUUUCAUAAGUAUCUUUGCAAGAAAAAUGUAUAAAGUAAUUCUUAAGAGCAAGCUUGUUAAAGCUAAGAAAAGUGGCACAUAUAGUAGGCUACUGCGGAAGUAUCGGGAUCGUUAUAAGAAAGUAGCAGCAUCAGCUCCGGCAGUCGAUCGAGUUGACCUUUAUGCUGAAGAAAAUCCGAUCACAUUUUCAACCGACAAUCAAUCAAAAAGCGUUGAUAGCCAAACCAUCAAUGAUGUCACUCUUAAAAGUGACGAACGGAACCUUAUUGCAGACAUCCGGAAAUGGGCCGCUGAGCACCACAUUCCUCAAUUGGCUUUGAAAUCUCUCAUCGGCAUUCUGAACUCAAAUUUGGGACUGCAACUGCCAAAAGAUCCAAGGUCUAUUAUGCGUACCCCCAGAAAUAUUGAUUUGGUUCCAAUGAAGGAGAAGGGACAGUAUUGGCACCAAGGUCUUGAAUCAUGCCUCAAGAGGAUUUUUCGAGACAUGUCGACCUCCAUGUCUAUUUCGUUAAAUGUCAACAUAGAUGGCCUGCCAAUCUACAAAAGCACCACCAAAAAUUUCUGGCCAAUAUUAUGCAACAUCUACGAGUUUCCGGAAAUUGCUCCUUUUACAGUGGGAAUUUUUUAUGGUAUUGGGAAGCCGAAAGACGUUAAUGAGUUCAUGAACGCUUUCGUUGAAGAACUCAUGUCUCUGAUACAAUCGGGUAUCUCUAUCAAUGGAUGCCAAUUAUCCAUUGCAAUUCGCUGUUUUAUCUGUGAUACCCCUGCCAGAUCUUUUAUCAAGGGAGUAAUAAGUUUUAACGGGAAGUACGGGUGUCUGAAGUGUACAACUAAGGGACGAUACAGCAUGUUGUCCAAGACCAUGACCUAUCCUGAGCUAACAGCACCGCUAAGAACCGAUGCAAAGUUUCGAUCAAUGGAGUACACCGACCACCAACGAGUAUAUACACCACUAGUGAAACUACCUUUAGACAUGAUACAGGACAUCGUUGUAGGAGACUCGUUGCACUUACUGGAGUUAGGAGUGAUGAAAAAACUGUUAACCGGUUGGCGAACAGGGUCGUUAUCACUGAAAGCAAAAUGGAGCACUUCACAAAAAACGGAAAUUUCUGAGUACCUAGUAAGCGUUAAAUUUCCUGCUGAAAUCCAUCGACAAAUGAGGUCGUUAGAGUUUGUCUCACUCUGGAAAGGUUUGGAGUACCGAAAUUUUCUGAACUACUACGGAUUUGUUCUGUGAAAAGUUACGAAAAUCUUCUCCCAGUAGCCCGAUCAUUACUUACGGAUUUUGUACAGAACUUCAAGUCUUUGUAUGGCACUGAAUUUAUCACAAGCAAUAUCCAUAACUUGUGCCAUGUUGUGGACGAAGUUGAAAGGUUUGGGCCGCUGCCAACUUUCUCUGCUUAUCCUUUCGAGAAUCACAUGCACUCACUGAAGAAAAUCAUUCGGACAGGUCCUAAUCCGUUGGCGCAGGUAGCAGCACGAAUCAUGGAAUCAUCAACUGUUGAUAGCUCUGAAAACUCCAAACGGAACAUCACCAGAUCUACCCGUUAUGCAACAGUUGCUCAAAAGAGUGGAAAGAUACACUUAAAUUUUAAUAAUUUUGCACUUUCAACCGAUUUCCAGGAUAGAUGGUUCCUCACAAAAAAGUAUGAGCUAAUCAGAUUUUCAGGAGUUAUGAAUGAAGAUACAGCACUACAAGUAGUUGGUUGCCAAUUGGUUUCAAAAUAUGAUUUCUUCUUCAAACCAUUCAAAUCGUCUGUUUUACAUAUUUAUGUAUCGCAAUUAAGAGCAGGGAAUUUUGAGGAUACAAACCAUUUUCAACUACAAGACAUAUUUUGUAAACUAGUCCCAUUGAUCAGGAAAGAAGGGGUGGUUUUCAUACCACUCAUACACACGAUAGAAUAACACACUAGUAUACUGUUCAUUUUGCAGUUGUACUUUUUAUUGGCUUUAAACAAAGGGACUGAUCAUUUUAAAUGAAGAUCCAGAUGACAAUUAGUAGCUACACAGUUAACAGUCACAGCUGCCUUGUUUAUAAGAACAAAAAACGAAUUCAAAUAAAUCUUAUUAAAAAGUAAGAAAACAACAAUGUUUCAUAUCAGCGUCAUUAAAUCUUCAUAGCGAACCAUCUGAGUCUCGGUCAUUUGAAUCAAUAUCGCUUUCGUCAUUUUCAUUUUCGGAAUAGUCAAUCGCAGGUUCUUCGUCGUUGUGUGAAACAUCCAUUGACUCAUCGCUGUCAUGAGAAUCGGCAGUUUGUCUGUCCACCUUAACAUCAUCAACGGCUUCAUGUGGUUGUGAUGUUGCCGCUUUCCGAGCACGAUUUGGUCUACAAGCUGACUUUCGCAGUUGCUGACUGAUGGAACGGGAUUUGGAAUAACGGAAGAGCUUGUUUUUGCAGAACUCCUCAAAAUUCUUGGCUUUGUAUGACGGAUCACCUAUCUGGACAAUCCUACAGAUCAGCUGUGUCACAUUGCCGUACUCCCGAAAACCUUUCUUUGCCUUAUCGCCACGGUUGACUCCAGUCCAUGUCAGCUUUGUCCAGAAGGCCCGCGUAAACAGACAGUCGACCACCGUGUAGCAUGCGUUAUCGCCUUUGCCGUUGUAACUAUUCGGAAUGAUUAUUUUAGAAAAAUAUUCCAACUGCAAAACAAAUUCGAUUGCGCGAGUAGAAGCGGUUUGUUUAUUUUUGUGCUGGCAUAGCGGCAGUGCUGCCGGUUACUUUGUUUUGCAUGAUCACUUAUUUUAACCAAAGUUAGUCAUAUUUGUCAACUCUGCCUAAUUUUAUCAACUAUAUUUUAAUUGAAUAAAGCUGAUGCUUUUAAAAACAAUAUUCACAGUGCAGUGGAUGCGGUACAACUUUGAUUUUUUUUUACACUUCGAACCAUGAAAUUGAAUAAGUACACAUAAUCUUACAGCACUGAUACACGGUUUUAUCGUGUGAUAUAAGGGUGGAAGUAUCGUGAUUUGUUAUCGUAUUGAUGAUAGGUAGUAAUCGUUAUGCCAUCUAAAUGAAGUCGUAUUCGAAAUACAACUUUGGUUGUAGAUGAUCCAUGAAACCAAAACUUGAAGAAUGAAGUAAAUGUGGUAUAUCACGUUAAAGCGAAUAUACAAAAUGUCGAAUAUAGAAAUUUUGUGUUCUAUUUUUAACUUUUCGGGGGGCUUUUUACUCGAUGACGGGUUUUAUUAGCAUGGGCCUAAAACAUGGCAAGUAUAACUAAAUAGUCUGGCGUCGUGUCAUCGCAUCCAGUUGGCGUUCUCGGAAUCAUGGUUUCAAAUCCCGGCAACAGUAUGGUUAAUAAGCUUAUCAUUGCAGGUAACUCAUAUAGAUUGAAAUUUAACUCAUAUCGAUUAAAAUUUAAUAAACAAAAAAAAAUCCUUAAAUUGGGUAAAGUUUAAAAAUCUUUUUUUUACCUAAAAUUACGAAAUCGUAUAUGGGUGUAUUUGAAUUUGUAUAUGCAUCGUAAGCCUGUGUAUAAUUGUAAUCGUAUUAAUGUUAAUGAGAAGUCAAAUUGGGAUUGAUGUUUAGCUAGGAUCUGUCUUAUAUAAUAGGAAAUGAAAUCAUACAGGAAAAAUGAAAAAAAUGGUGUGUAUAUCGCCUCCAAAUUUGUACGUAUAGAUGGUUUUUGUGCAUUCUAUACGAUUGUUUUAUGUUGUAUAUACAUCCGUAUUUGUUUAAAUAUACAGACCAAAAUGUUUACUGGGAAGGUGG